UUACCUUAUUUGGAAGUGUUCAAAAAGUCUUGAGAUGGUGGGUGGAGUUUUUUUCAUGAAUAGGCAGUUUGAAAGUUCCUCAUUGAUUAGGGUAUAAAAAGGCUGGCUUGGAGGCAGCCAUGAUCUGCUGUCGAGAAUCACACUGAAAGAACGUCGGACGGCCCACCCCAGUCCUGUGAAGAAGCAAAAUGAAGGCUGCUUUUCUUCUUUCUCUGCUUUGCAGUUUGACACUCACCUUGGCUUUUGUCUGUGGACCUCUCCCAAAAGAGAAAUUUGAGACGUGUGACAGCAAAGGAUUGAGCAACUGCACCAAAAUCGGACACUCAUGUUACCAGUACUUCCGAGGGCCUCUGUCUUUUUAUUGUGUCAAUGAGUUUUGCAGAAAUCGAGGGUGUGGAGGACACCUGGCUUCAAUCCACAGUUCAAGGGAGAACAACUUGGUCUUUAAUCUUGUGCGGCAAGGGAGCCCCUCGAACCCAAGAGGCUGGAUCGGGGGGCUCAGGUUUCCCAAGACUAACCUCUUCAUAUGGUCUGAUGGGACAAAAUGGAAUUAUAAUUACUGGGCAUCAAACCAGCCUGACAACUGGCAAAGCAACGAGGAUUGUGUUCAUUUCACCGAAUACAGUGAGUGUCUUUCUGAAGCCAGGCGCCCCCUGGUGUCUGUCCUUUUAUGUCGCAGUUUAAAGUGACUUUCAAGAUUCUAAAGUCCUGUUGGCUUCUAGAGGGCAUCCACAACUACUGAAUACGCAAUAGUGCUGAAUUUCGAAUUACUAAAAGAAGCUUAAUAAAGUUAAUGACAAACGUUUCCACCAGAAGUCUUUCUCAGCAUCUCCAGUGUAAAUUCAGUGGCAGAUGUUUCCACUGAAGUCUUUCUCAGUGUCUUCAGUGUAAAUUCAAUAGCAAACGUUUCCACCAGAAGUCUUUCUCUUCUUCUGCAGUGUAAAUUCAAUGACAAAUGUUUCCACUAGAAGUCUUUCUCAUUGUAUUUAGUAUAAAUUCAGUGACAAACAUUUCUACUAGAAGUCUUUCUCAGUAUCUUCAAUGUAAUUUCAAUGGCAAAUGUUUUGACUAGAAGUCUUUCUCAUUGUUUUCAGUGUAAUUUCAAUGAGAAACGACUAGAAGUGUUUCUCAGUGUCUUCAAAUGUUCCAGUAUUGAAUGUAGAUUCGUUUUUCUAAAAGCCUUCAGAGGCCAUAUAAAUAAUUUUAGUGGGUCUAUGAUGCUUACAAUAUUUUAUUCGAAGUUAGCCACACUGACCUCUUGUGGACUGGAGCAGAGAUGGAAAUAAUACUCCCAUUGCAUAGCGGUUUGAUCCAUUCCUGGUUUCACUAAGAGUUUAAUAAGACACACCUGAGCUUGUGACCUAUACACACUGUGGCUAAUCAAGCUCAUGUGAAACUGGCCAUAGAAAAUAUAUAUAAGGAAUUAUAUGAUCCAUAUAUUUCAUACACCAAAAUGGGCCGCUUUUUGUAGUAUGAAAAUAUGAAUAAUAAAAUUCCUUAAAUAUAUUUAAAAUAUACUUUCUUUCUAUAUGGGUGUGAUGCAAUAGAAGUCUUAUUUCCAUCCCUGCACAGCACCAUAUAGAAUAUUAUAAUAUACCAUAUUUAGGGAUGUAAAAAAAUCGCUUAUUUCAUGGUCUAAAAAUAGGUCAUUCAAGAUAUUUCACAAUUAAACAUAAUAUUUAUUAAAGCAGAAAAAUAACUUUUUGAUCAUUUUCUCUUUAGUGUUAUUAUACAACAAAUGUUCCUAAAUACUUAAAGGCUUACCUGAAAACAAUAAAUGCAAAAUUGUAAAAUAUUUCAGAUUUUAUAUCCACCUUUUAAAGGCAUUCUGUUUUCACCAUCAGUGAAUUAUCAAACAAAAUAAAAAACA